CCUCCUUGUAGAUUGCUUUUCUUUGCCGAUGUCUUCCUUGUACUAUGAAAUAGUAAACUGUCCUUUAAUUUGGAUAUCAGAGUGCCGCAUAACUUUUGCCAACGCGAAGGAUUAAAAAAUACAAAUAGCUGCUAUCCAAGCUCACUGCAUGUGAGGGAGAAGCAUCAGAAGGAGGCAGAUUUGUGUGAAUACAUCCUCUAUCCUCCACGCCCACACAUUUGAGGGAAACCGCUGAUCUCACUCGCCUCUUGUGUUGAUCAGUGCGCGUGAAAGACCGACCGACCGACCGAGCGGUGCCUUGCCAUGGCUCUUCUGACCCUGCAUCGUUCGCCGUCCAUCUCCACCGCUCCGGAUGAAAGCAUCCCAAGAAGAGGGAGACUUCAGAAAAGAGAGAGCUUUGCUCUGGUCAAAGGGGCCGUCCUUCUCCUGGAAGAGGGAGAGGGGGAGGGGCCACAUGAAGAGACGUCGCCCAAUCACUCCCCUUCACCCCUGAAGCUGGGGGGCGGAGCUUCAGACACACAGCACAGACAGCUGCACGCCAUGGUGUCACUACUAAGACCAGAGGACACUAUCAAACUGGCGGUGAGGUUGGAGUCAGUGAGUCCAGUCAGGGUACGGUAUCUGAUCAUAGUCUCCACCUUCAGUAACAAACAGGAGAGCAUUCUCCUGGGGAUGGACUUCCCCGACACAGACAGAUGUCUGUGUACUAUCGGUCUGGUUGUGCCGGUAUGGAGCGACACACAAGUGUAUCUGGACGGAGAUGGUGGUUUCAGUGUCACAUCGGCAGAAAAGACGAGAAUCUUCAAGCCUGUUUCCAUACAGACUAUGUGGUCAGUGCUGCAGGCGCUGCAUGGCUGCUGCGAGCGGGCAGUGAAGGGGGCAGUGAUCCCAGGCUGUGGGCUGGACUGGGCCCAAUACUACUACGGUCAUGUGGAGUCUGACCGCCUCUGUCUCAACGAGUGGGGAGCCAUGACGGGCCUGGAGUCAGUCAGGAGGGACAGCGCCGGGCAGAGCUCGACAGAGAGGGUAUCUGUGGAGCGGCAGAUCAAAGAAGAGCUCAGAGACAUCAUGAGAACAGAAGACCUAGAGAAUAUCACCUCUAAACAGGUCCGCAGUGCCCUGGAGACCAGGAUAGGCAUGGACAUGAAGAACUACAAGGAAUACAUCGACAACGAGAUGAUGGUCACCAUGGCGCAGAUGGACAAGCCCUCCAAAAUAUUUGACUACUUGUUCCUGGGCUCUGAGUGGAAUGCUGCCAACUUUGAGGAGUUACAGAAAAACAACGUGGGCUACAUCCUGAACGUGACGCGGGAGAUUGACAACUUCUUCCCAGAAUCCUUCAGCUACAUGAAUAUCAGAGUGUACGACGUGGAGGCUACAGACCUGCUGUCACACUGGAAAGACACAUACACCUUCAUCAACACAGCCAGGCAGAGUGGCCAGGCGGUGCUAGUGCACUGUAAGAUGGGCGUGUCUCGCUCUGGUUCCACGGUGGUGGCCUACGCCAUGAAGCAGCAGCGCUGGCCCCUGGAGGUGGCUCUGUCCUACGUCAGGGAACGCAGGCCCAUUGUCCAGCCCAACGACGGCUUCAUGAAGCAGCUCCACACCUACAGCGGCAUCCUCAACGCCAGUCAGCAGCGACACAGCGCUCUCUGGAGGUGGAAGUCACGGGCAGAGAAGGAGCAGCGAAAGAUUGAGAGAGCGCAGUCUGCUGCUUCACACAGCAAUGAGGAGGAGGAGGAGGAGGAGGAAGAGGAGGAGGAGAGCGAGGAGGAAGAGGAAGAAGAGUUGGAGAGUCCAGAUGAAGUUGAUGAGGCAGAUAUAGAGAUGAAGCUAUUUGAAGAGCCUGUCCACAAGUCUGAGACUGACCCAGAAGCUCCACCCACAGAACCGGCUGCUCCACCCACGGAACCGUCUGUACCCAAUCCCUUCAUCACUGUACAGGUGGCUUCUCACAGCCCCAGUCGCAGUGGCAGGAUGAACCUCUUCUCUCUCAUGCAGUCCAUCAAUGAACUGGAAGACGAGGACCUAAGGAAUGAACAGAUUGCCAACAGUCACCGGAGGUCUCCAGGGCAACGGAGGCGGAGUUAUAGACGGAAAGGCCUCAUGCAUCAGAGGGCCCAUGUGGACGUUUCACCUGAGCCAAGCCGCCUAUCAGGACUCAGAAAACUGGAAGGGGCGGGGCCAAGCAAACUUGAGACCGGGGAAGGAGAUGCCAAGACAACGGAGGUGCGGUAAAGAGGAACAGAAGACGAGGUGGCGGGAGAGGGGAUGGAGAAUGAGAAGCCUAGAGGAGACACUAAUAGGAAGAGAUGACAUGUUCUGCCCACUUUCAAGCUAUAAACAUGAACGAAUUACCCUAAUAUAGUUAUAUACAUCAGACCUUAAGACUCCAACUAUCAUCAUUAUAUUAUAGAUUAUUUAACCGUCAUGCCUUUUGCACAAUAUUUCCUGUUUGGUUCUUUCAAUGUAGUGGUCACCAACCGAUCGAUCACGAUUGACUGGUUGAUCUCCAAGCCAUUCUAGUCGAUCACCAAACACUGUACAAAAAGGUGCACUUGAUUCAGCAGCUCUAGUGCCAGGAAGGUAAAGUGUUCACAUUUUUAACCAUUUCAUGUGUCUGAAGGUAGAACUCCACUUACUCGGCAGGCCCAGAGAGAAAAUCAAGUGCAGCUAUAGGCCUACCGCUGGCCAAUCGUAUAGCUCAGAUCACCGUGUCUGCAGUUUCCUCGCGCCAUAGACUGUAAAAAGAAGCCAUCGAACCCACAGCAAAGUUGAUCAUGUUGAGAUUUAAAAACUUUUCAAACCAUGACUAGAGGGACUCAACGAAUACAGCAAAGAGCUGCUGUUUGAAUGAGUAUGGGCUCAUUGUAAUGGAAUAAAUGGAAUGGUAUCAAACACAUGGAAAACAAAUGUUUGACUCUGUUCCAAUUAUUCCAUUCCAGCCAUUACAAUGAGCUCAUACUCCUAUAGCUCCUCUCACCAGCCUCCACUGCUGUCAACACUUUGUUCAACCGUUUUAUAAGACAUAAAAAAUGCGUGUUUCGAUAAGCUUGCGUUAUUUUCUGCUUGUCCUUUUUAAUACAGAGGAAUAUUUAACUUCCUCUGGUCAACAUGAAUUGGUGCUUGAGGCUGAAAUAAUGCAGUGCGACUUAAAUUUCCCAUCAGAUGGAUUAAGACUGUGUCCCUUUUUCUCAGCGGAGAGGGUCCGCUGCUCCCUUCCUCCCCUCAGACUAACCAUCAAACAGGCCAUCAGUCCAGUAAAAACAAAAUGCUCACUUAGCUGUGCCUCACAAGUAAUACAACAAAUUCUAUAUUACCAGUGUGAUCAUAUACCUACAAUGUUGAAAUAUCAUUUUUAAAAAUGGUCUGAGAAGAACAACAUUGGCUGGGCAAUUCAAGGGUAGGCAAUAUACAGUGAUAAUGUUUUGGGCCUAUAGCCUACUGCACAAACCUCAUUGCUACAGAACUGUGUUUAAUUGGUUGUUGCAUAGGCUUCUUUUUUAGUUUUUAUCUGAGCGGUAGCUCUCGGCUUGCAUUUUGACUCGAAGGUUGGUUGACCUGUGUUUAUGUAUCACUGUUCACCAAACCAUUUACACGCAAUUGGUAGUGAUGGCUCAUUGUUUUAAUGUCACUGCAGUAUUACGACGCCAAUAUGUGUAUGACAAUAACGUUGUAUUUCUGGUUAGACUUACCUAUGGUCCAUAGAAGUUGGAAUGUAUUUACAUUUAUCUUCUGCAUUUCGGUACGUAUCAUAACACAUGCAUAUGUGGAGUUUGCCCGCCCUCUCUCUCAGGGCAUAUCUAUGCAAUGAUUCCUUAAAUUCACAGAGAAGACAGACGUUAGAGGCUGUAUGCUGCCAGUUGGGAUUAUUGUAUGCAUUAAGUGCCAUUCUCUAUUCCUUUAUUCGGUUUUUAAUUACGCACAUACCAUAUCUUUUUAUAGUUUAUGAAUAUUGCAUGGUAACACAUACGGGCUCAAUUUUCUCAGAUGUUUCAAAAUAGCGGGUCAUUCAAAAGUACAAACGACUGGGAGAUAUAAUAUCGAGUGACUGUUUUAAACUGUUAUUCUAGACUAAUCCAAGGGCACCAAACUGUAUGCCAAUGUGUUCCUCUGUGCCAAUCAACUUUGUCCUUGAGUUAAUGUCAAGACGACAUAUUUAAUGAGGAUCUUUAGAAACUUCUACCAUUUUAAAUCUCGGGGGUUCAAUUUAUUUCAUAUGUUUAUUUCUUUGUCACACUGUCAUUCCAUAAAUAGCCUUGCUGUAUGAGUGCCUUGGACGUGGGACCAAAAUAACCAAGUUCUUUCCUGAAAGACCCUAAUUGAAAGUAUUUAUAAUAUCUACAGUAUAUUGCUAUCUGAGGUGGUGGCAUUAUUUCAUAUUGAUUAAAUGCAUUUAGUCUUGUUCCUUGCUUGACUGGGAUGAUGUCAUUGUGCAGUAUGUAGCUACUUGCAUUGAAUGUGUUCCUGUGUGUAUGCUCUGGCUUUGCUUAUUAUGACCGGGGGUGGUGGUGUGUUAAGGGUAGUUUUGUUUUUUGAACGAGUGUUUGUCUAUUUGGGACUUUUUGAGAGGAUCAAGGUAGAUUCAGCAUUAUGGUGUUUCUGAACUUUCCGCAGUUGACUGGAUGGACCUUCUGUUCUUUAUGCUGGCUUCUGUAUCGAUCCAAUGAUUUUUUUUUUGUAUGUAUUCAGCUGGCCUUGAUUUGUAUAUUCACCAAUGAUGUUUACACAUUUUUAGGUUGAUCACCAUCUUUCUUUCUAUACUCACAAUUAAACCGUUAUAAAACAGGUUUCCACCACCACAUGCCAUUAACACUGCCUGAGCCAACCUCUGCUGUUCUAAGAUCAAAAAGAUAAAUGACCUGUAUCUGUCGUCUAUGGCUGCGUUUUACAGCUAUACUGUUUGAGUGAAUUAAUAAAUGAUUAUACUGAAACCA